AUGGUCGACGUGUUGUCGAAUCAACUAGAGAAUCAGAAUCGCGUAUUUCAAGACGACACGAUGGCUGACGAUUGGGUAGUGGAAUUGCCGGCGAGCGAAGAGCCAGAAGAGGAUAUUGAGGAUGGUGAACUGCCAGAAGAAGGAGAAAUCACCGACGACGAUGAAGUACCAGUACCAUUGAACAAACUGGACCCAAAAUUACCGGACAAGGAAGAGGAAGGCCGUAGAGCCAAGAGAAGUUAGUUUUUUUUUUAUAUUAUAGUAGGUAAAAGUGGGCAAAAUGGGAUUUUAGGUAAUAAAUUUUGAAUUUUAUAAUUUAAGGUUGGUAAAAUGAAAAAUAUGUUUGCUAUGGGUUGCAUAUUGAAAAAAUAACGUAUUUUGGGCUGUUUUAAAAUUUAGGUAUUAAAAAAAUUAUUUUUAAUUUAAUUUUUUAAAAUUUCAAGUUUUGAACUUUUAGUUAAUAAAAGCUUGUUUUAGGCAAUAUUUUUAAAGAUAAAUUUAUACAAUGUAUCUUUUCAGAUUCCCAUUCAUCCAAUUCAUCAACACGAGCUUCGAAACCUUCGAAAUACAAGGAUCAUGAUCCAAAACAAACGGUAAAUACAUUAAACAUACGAAAACAGAGCGAUGAGCAAAACACAAAACAUGCAUACAAGCUUUUACAAGGAUACCGAAAAACAGUUUUACAUACUGAAAACAGUUUUACAUUGGCAUACAUACCUGAAUUUAUGGCCAAGCUUGGCGCCAAGGUCUAAAAGUUUUGAAAAAUGAUGUGCUAUAUGUAGUAUAACAUGGGAUUUUGGUUGCUUUUAAAAAACUGGAAGGAGAUAGGUAAAAUACGUGAAUGUCUUCUUUGGGGAUAUAUAUUUACAACUGUGGUUAUAGAAAUUACAGUAUGCAAGCUAGUUUUUAAGUAGGUAUUAAAUUUUUUCCCAAACAACAUCAGAUGUCUAGUAUAAUAUAAAUUUUUUGAAUUUUUUCUUAGCCUCUUCUUAAAAUCUACACAAAUACAUUUUAGCAUUGCAAAGCUGGUACUUUUUUGUAUCUAUUACUUAAAAAUUACUGCAGUUAAUCAAGUUUAAACUUACUUUGUAAAUAAAAGAAGCUAGAGCUAUACCUAUGAUAAUAUAAAUUUAUUUUUUGCUAAUUUCCAAAGUCUCUAGACAAGUUAACUGAUUUUAAAUAUUUCAGAAGUCUUCUAAAGAAGGUGAAAUGAUGGAAAGCUGGAUAAAUGGAGCCCACAGAAGUGCUCAUCAUGAUGAUGACCGACGUGGUCGUCGCGAUCAAAAUGGGGACGUUGAUCUAAGGGACAAUGACUUUGAUAGAAGGUAAGAAGGAUUUUAAAUGGUUUUGUGGUAUCUUUAUGAUUUUUCAUGUUAGAUUUGACUUAGAUUUGACGACUUUUUUUACGAUACUGUUUUUAUAUUAUCAUAGGUGAUUUUGGUGGUUUUUUGGUAUUAAAUGCAAUUUUUUGAAUGUUUUGUUGGCUGGAAUGAAAAAAUAUGUUAACGUUAUAAAUUUCACAUUUCUUCAGAAUCCGCAGAAGGUCUCCAUCGCCAUAUGACGGUCAAAUCUCACCUAAAAGAAGCCGUCAAGACUCUCCACCUCCAGGGCCUCAACGACCGCGUCGUGGACCAGUCAAGACCGAGUGGACCGAACGCACCAUAUGCAAAUUUUUCCGCGAAGGAUUCUGUCGCGAUGGUGAUAACUGUGUCUACUCUCAUAAUGCCGCCGAUUCUCGUCGAAUUCCAGAGCUAUGUCGGUACUAUCAACAUGGCUACUGCAAGAAGAACGUCAGAUGUCUGAACUUGCACGGUGAAUUCCCAUGUCGACAAUUUCACACGGAUGGAUGUGAUAACGAUGAGUGUAGAUUUUCUCAUCAACCGUUGAAUGACUACACACAACCGAUUUUUGAUCAGGUAAGGUGUCAUAUAGAUUUAUAUUGAGUUAGGUUGAGCUGAUGGGCAGGGUCAGGUAAUUUUGAUGAAAAAUUAGGAAAAUGAACAAAAUUUUGAGGUUUUUGAUAACGCAUAGUAAUUUAGAGGUAUUUUGUGACCUUUUUGUGGAUAAGAUUUUUCAAGGUGGCGUUGAUCUUUACAAAGUUAUAUUGUGUUAGGUACAUCAUAGGUAUGACAAUAUAAAUCUGUGAAAACAUUAAAAAUGCAGUCAAAUUUAAAGUUACUAGGUCACGUUUAGCCAGUACUAGCUAUUUGCGACAUUUUUGACAGAAAAUGUUUUGAGGUUUAAUAAAAAAUGGCAUUUUUUAAUCUGAUAUUGUUUUAGAUGAUGAAAGAUGCCGCAUUGGCCGAAAAGAUCAGUAAACAAGCUCGACCACAACGACGAGUACUAUUACCUGAUGGUCCUGAAGAGUUCGACGAGAUAUAUGAUCCGGAUUUACAGUAAGUCUCUUUUUAGUACUGAAAUUUUAAAUUUUUAAAAAAAUUUAAUUUUCUUGAAAUUUAAAAAAAAUUUAUUUUUUAUGAAAAUUUUAUAUUUUUUAAAACCAAGCAUUUUUUUUCAAAUUUCAAUUUCAUGCUAUUUCAGCAACGUCUCAAUGACUGUAAUCCCACCCCCGUCGGUUAUUGUACCAGUGGCUACAAAUGCCCAGCCUGCGGCUCAUCAGCCAACGUAUGGUUUUUUCAAUGCUGUUCCAACGACUUCAAACACUUCUCCUCAUCAAAAACCGUUUGUUCAUGUAAGUUUUGUCGUUUUGUAUAAAUUUUGUUGCACUGUACAGUACAAUAUUGUUUGCACCGUGCAAAUAAUUUUAUUUUUUGCACUGUGAAAGGCAUGGGUUAUUUUAGGUAACAAAUAGUGGUUUAGGUUUUAGUACGUGUUAAUAUAAAGUUAUUAAAAUUAAAUUUUCUUUGAUUGGUAUAAAAGUAAUGGCACAAUGAUUUUUUAAAUAAUUGCACCGUGCAAGCCAAAAUUUUUUGCACUGUGCAUUUACUUAGCUUUUUUUAUCAUCAGUUAGCUACAAAGUUGGACUUUUUACAACUAUUUUAACAUCUAUAUCAUUUCAGGCCCCACCCCCAGUCAUGCCCGCCCGCCGCUCCCCACAACUUCCUACUCCACCACCUCGUGAUGAGUCUUCAGCUCCAUUAAGCAUCAACGAUCUCCUGGGCCAACUUUCGAAGCCGGCAGAACCAAUCGAGAUUACACAGGAUCUGAUGAAUGAAAACAUCCGAUCUCUGAAGCACAUGUUCGACAUGCCCGAUGAUGAUGAGUCUCCAGCUUCACCACCCCCAGGCGAAAUCGUCGCUGGAGAUGAGGCACCGGUUAUACCUAUUCAAAGGCCAUAUGUGGCUAUACCUAUUAGGAUUAAUGACAAUCAGCUUGAUCUCAAUUUGAUUCAGGUAGGAUGAAUUGAGGUUUUUGGGCGGGGGGGGGGUUGGGGGGGGGGUGGUGGAUUUUUCGAAAGUGGGGGGGGGGUUGGAUAGGGUUAGAAUUAGCUCUUUAGGCUUAGAAUUAACUUUUAGGCUUAAAAUGAAAUUUUAUUUUAAAAAGUUUCUUUUUUCAGGAUCUCACCUCCGGUAUUCACAAAUCCGACCCACGCCUAAAGCGAAUGGCCGAAAAGCAAUUCGACCUGGUAUCAAGAUCUCUACAACUCGGUGGAAUGCUGGACGCUAAGCCUAAAGACCCAAGAAGUCAAGACCCAAGAAGCCGAGACCCAAGAAUCAGAUCGGCCGAUGUGACCGCCAGUCCAACUACACUACAGUCCAGCCAUCAGACUAUCCCUACCCUGGCCAAUCUCAACGUUACUUUAUCUGGAGGACCAAACAGCACCAACCCAGAAUACAUGGGACAAUACGGCCAAAGAGGUAUGCCUAGUAUACCACCAUUGUCCUCAGGCCUCCAGGGCUUUGGGUUGAAUAUACCAAGCCGAGACGCUACGACUAGUUUAAGUGGUACUGGCUCAAGUUUGAGUUCAGGCUUAAAUUCAGGGUUAGCAGCCGGACUAAACUCUGGUCUAACCUCUGGCUUAACUUCAGGUCUACCCUCGCUAAGUUCAACACUAAACCCGGUACCAUUAGGACAAAAUGCAUCUCAACAUUCCGGCAAUGAAUACGAACAAGAUUUCGAACAAAAAGUGAGUCAACAAAUUCGAAUGGCCAACCAAAUCGCUCAACAACAAAAAGACAUGGACAUGAGGGACUACAACACCUCACCACGCUACGGAUCCCCACGAUACGACGACAAUAGCUACGAUUACCGAAAGCGAAGACCACGCCAAGAUCGGGAGCCACGUAGAGACGAAAGGAAACGACCAUUCGACGACAGAAGCUACGGUCGAAGCGAGGAGAAGGAGCAGAAUCCAUCACAACCCAUGACCUUGAGGGAGAAACGCAAGGACAACGUGUUCGAAAGCCCGCUAGCCAAGUCGACGCGAUUUUAA